AUGAGCGACAAACCGGUGGUUCUCUUGACGGGCGCAUCGCGCGGGCUGGGACUGGCUAUCCUGCAGCUGCUGCUCUCCGGCUCUACCUCGACUCAAGCGCCCAUCCCCGCCAGUCGCGUGGUGACCAUCUCGCGCACGCUUCCCACCGAGCUCGAGGCGCUCCGGUCGUCGCACUCCUCGGACCUCGUCUGUAUCCAAGGCGACGUUACCGACGAGGGCGUCAACGCUAAAGCGGUGCGCGCGGCAGUGGACAUGUUUGGUGCGCUCGAUGCCGUGGUGCUCAAUGCAGGCAUCGUGGCGACGCAGCGAAUCGACUCGCUCGAGCCAAAGAGCCUCGCGCAUAUCCUCAACGUCAACACGGUCGCACUCGUCACCACGCUCGGUGCUGCGCUGCCCGAAUUGCGCAAGUCGAGCCGCGCCAGCGUCGUCUUCGUCUCGUCCGGCGCUGCUACGGGCAACAUUGCGGGCUGGGGAGCGUACAACGCCUCCAAGGCGGCGAUGAAUGCGAUCGCCAGAACCCUCGCCAACGAAGAGGACAAUGUGGCGGCAUUUGCACUGCGCCCCGGUGUGGUGGAUACAGACAUGCAGACCCUCCUGCGUGGCGAUGGCGGCAAGGCCAUGAAGCAGGAAGAAGUCGAGCGGUUCUUGACGCUCCACAAGGAGGGCAAGUUGCUCAAGCCCGAACAGCCCGCCUACUCGAUCGCAGCGCUCGCCACCAGGGGUACAAGGGACCAGCCCAAGGACAAGGACGGAAAGGGCCUCGGUGCGCAGGGCGCCUUUGUCACUUGGAAUGACGACCUCCUCAACGGCUUUAAGAACGAGUAG